CGUCAAACGUGGCGCCACGCGAUUGACAGCAAUGUUAUUAUUGAGGCAUCUGUCGCGGCCAAGGCAGUACAUCUGCCAGCAAUGUAUACGCAAGCAGCACACAUUAGCGCGCGGUGAGCGACCAAAGGCGAAAUGGGCGGCAGAACACCCAGAUCCCGCAGCUCGACAGUUGGAAUGGGAAGAACAAGCGGGCAAGAUCAGAUCGGGGAUGCAGCAGAGCAUGCUGAGUGUUCUUGAAGAGCGAGGUUUUGUCAAGGAUAUUGCUGGCGGACGUAAAACUCUCGACUGGCUCCUCACAGAGAAGCGCAUUGGGGCCUAUGUCGGCGUAGACCCUACGGCUCCCUCGUUACACGUCGGCCAUCUCCUCCCUCUCAUGGCGUUGUACUGGAUGUACCUUCACGGCUACUACACUGUCAGCUUGUUGGGUGGAGGCACAGUUCAGAUUGGAGACCCUUCCGGGAGAACGACAGCUCGCUCGCGACAGGGCGCUGACGUGCAAUCCAUGAACGUGGAGAGCAUACAAAGUCAGCUUGAGAAGCUCUGGACUAACGUGAAGUGCCUGGGGAUCAAGCACCAAUACGCGCAACUCACCAGUAGAAGACAAGACAUCCUCAACAACCGAAGAUGGUUAGAGAAACUUAGUGCUGUCGAGCUGAUGAGAGAUCUGGGAUCUGGCAUGCGGUUAGGGCCUAUGCUCAGUCGGGAUUCAGUCAAGUUACGAAUGGAGAGCGGCGAAGGCAUGGCCAUAUCCGAAUUCAGCUAUCCUCUAUUCCAGGCCUACGACUGGUGGAGCAUGUACAACAAGCAGGGCGUUCAGCUCCAAAUUGGAGGCUCAGACCAAUAUGGGAACAUUUGUGCCGGAAUGGAUGCUGUCAGCCACAUGCGGAAGAUCCACCGUAUAGACGACGAAGCGGAAGGCGACGAAGACCCGCGAGUAGCAACCUACGGUCUUACGACUCCCUUGCUCACAACGGCCUCUGGCGAGAAAUUUGGUAAGAGCGCUGGCAAUGCUGUUUGGCUUGAUCGGCAAAUGCUCAACUCGUUCGAUUUGUAUCAGUACUUCUUGCGAACAGCAGACGAUGACGUUGAGCGGUAUCUUAAGCUAUUCACCUUCUUACCUCUUGGCCACAUUGAACUUCUCAUGGCGCAGCAAAGGCAGGACGAAUCACAACGCAAAGCUCAACACACAUUAGCCAAAGAAAUUGUUGAGCUCGCUCAUGGAGCCGCAGAAGCAAAGAAAGCUGAAAUGGCACAUAGAGAUGCAUUUAGCCACGGGACUAACACGUUUCCACUUGGAACUCUGAGAAACACUCUGGCCAGUAUCAAGGAUAUCGAGGCUCCUGCAGUUGAAGCGCUAAGCAAGAAGGAGCAGGAUCUCCACGCUUACAAACUAGCAUAUGCUGCGUCGUCCACGGCGCCAGCCGUUUCCAGCAGUACAUAUGAACUACCAAAGAACGAUACUCAUCACGUCAUUACCCUACCUAUCACAUUGCUCCAGGCCGGCUCAUUCCCACGCGUUCUUCAUGCGGCAGGGCUUGCAUCUUCUAAAAGCGAGGCACAUCGUUUGAUCGCUAAGAAAGGGGCUUAUGUCGUUGUGCCAAACUCAGGAUCACCUGAGAGUCCUACCGCUUUGAAGUGGGCGACCAUUGAAGCUGGUGUCGGAGUGGAUCCAAACCAUUUCCUAGUGGACUGGGAAGCGCUUGUCCUUCGAUCAGGCAAGUCGAAGAUCCAAAUAUGUCGCAUCGUCACGGAGGAACAGUUCAUUGCCGAGGGACUAACAUACCCUGGGUGGGAAGAGACGCGAGCUACAUAGACCGACGGCAUUGAGGGAACACAGCGAUAAUGCUUCGUCCACGAUGGCCCCACUCUGACUUUACCAUCACGCUUUUUUCGUGUAAGAUUACCUGUAUGAUUCUGUAGCAAUAUUGGGCAGCCCGCACGAUACUGUUUCUAUAGCUAUUAAAGCAUUGUCGUCAGGUCUAAUCCACCCGGCUAUUUUGUUUGUUCAUGUAUCCACACUUUUUAUGCGCAUCGAUAUCCAUAUGUCUCUAGUCAUGGCAUGCCUCCUUUUCGUUCCAGGGAACGUGACUUUCUGAAGGCCACAUCUACAGAUGAAUGGGAAAUUGGUACGGUCGUCUAAUAUGCGGAUCCUCAUACUAGAAUGGCUCGGGGCAUCGCCCAGUUGAGAUCCGUUGUAGAUGUGAAAUAGUCAAAUCAGGC